GAAGAACAACAACGAAAUUAUUAUCGUGGCUGUGUGGUUUUUCUGACACUGAGGGCUGCGGUGAUAUUGUAAAAAUGGACAAGUUAUUUGGAUCUUUGAAGAAUUUCUUGAAAAUAAACGCUGUUGUCAUUGACAAUAAUGUAUUCCGACUUCAUUAUAGGUUCACUGUCCUCGUUUUACUAGCGUUCAGCAUCCUCGUGACGUCACGUCAGUAUAUUGGAGAUCCUAUCGACUGCAUAUCCAGAGAUGAUAUUCCGAGUAAACUUUUAGAUUCCUUUUGCUGGAUCCAUUCAACAUUCAGCGUUGAAAGUGCCUGGCAUAAAAAAGUUGGUGUAGAAGUUCCGUACCCUGGAGUAGAUAAAUAUACACCGGAAGAAAAGCGAGUUUAUCAUGCAUAUUACCAGUGGGUAUGUUUUGUGCUUUUCCUGCAAGCCAUGUUGUUUUAUAUACCCAGAUAUCUAUGGAAAAUGUGGGAAGGUGGCCGAGUACGUGCUCUUAUAUUAGGUCUCAAUUCCCCAAUCAUGAGCUAUGAGAAGAAAGAAGAAAAUAGAAAAAUACUAGUCGAAUAUUUAACCGAAAACAUGGGAAAUCAUACUCUGUAUGCAGCUGAGUAUUUCAUUUGCGAAGUCCUUAAUUUCGUCAAUGUUGUGGGACAAAUGUACCUAAUGGACAAAUUUCUUGGUGGAGAAUUUUCGUCAUACGGUCAUAAAGUUCUUCAGUUUACAGAGUGGGAUUAUUCCGUCCGUUAUGAUCCUAUGAUUCACGUGUUUCCUCGACUGACCAAGUGUACUUUUCACAGAUAUGGUUCCUCCGGCGAUGUACAGCGUCACGAUGCCAUGUGCAUUUUACCCAUCAACAUUAUAAAUGAAAAAAUCUAUGUGUUCUUGUGGUUCUGGUUCGUGAUUCUAUCUGUUUUUUCAGCUCUAAUUUUGGCUUUCCAUGUUGUUAUAUUUGCAUGGCCACAAUCUCGCUUCCUGGUAUUACGAUCACGAGCUCGUCUAACAAGGCCUGAUUAUUUAGAUAUUGUUCUGCGAAAAUGUUCACAUAGUGACUGGUUUGUGCUAGAUCUUCUCUGCAAAAAUAUUGAUAGCUUGAACUACCGAGAUCUCAUUGCUGAUUUAGCUCGUAAACUGGAACGAAAAGCGGUGGACAUGGCGUAACUCGCUAACCCUAAUAUGUGGUAGCAUUCAUAAUUUGUGAGAGUCGUACUAUGAUUUGAUUGCAUGUUACUUAUCAUUCUAUUCUUUGAUUUUAUUGCAUGUAUUUAUUAUUCUAUUCUUUAUGAUCUCUUUAUAAUAAUGUAUGCAUUUUUAAAAAUUUGACUACUAUUCUUAAUAAUUGCUAUGAAAUUACAUGGCCAAAACUGUGUGUAUGUUGUGUAAUUCAAGGUCCAUGCUCAACGGACCGUGUCUUUGCUCAAAAUAGAAAGUUGCAAUGUAAGAUUUUUAUGCAACUUUUCUUAAUCUGAGGUGAACCAAGUCUGUAGUAUUAUUUGUGCAUGUUGCAUUCCAUUUUUUAAACAACCGUACAACCAAUUAACUGCCAACUGUAUUUUUUUACGACUGUUUUCUUCAUAAGUCUGAAGAAAUAUUGACUUUUAGAAGUAUUUUGAUAUUAUAUGUAUGUAUAGCAAUAAUUAAUGUGCCUAUGAGGUCAAAUUUGACCAUAAAAUUUUUUAUACGGAAAUUUUGUUGCACAUAUGCGUGAAAUCGUAUUGUGCUUUAUUAAGACCGUCAUGCAAAGUAUUAUUGAGGCAUUUAUAUACAAGAUGGAGGAUAAAUCUUUCUAAGUUUUACUGUUGUGAAACUAUUUUGUGUUCGUAUUAAAUCUUUUUUAUAUAACUAAUUUAUUUUCAAUGAACUACAUAUUCAGUUUUAAAUUUAAUAUAAUAUGGUAAUCAUAGCAACUGAUGGUAGACUAAGAUAUUCUACCCUUAAAUACCUUAUUGUGUAUUUUUAGAAGUGAUGUAUAUUAAUUACACUUCGUGUAAAUGUGUAAUGGUAAAUUUCUUUUGACUACUGAGAAAUAAAUAAUUUUUUUAUGUAUAGUAACAACUAAUGUGCCUAUAAAAGGUCAAAUUAAAAUUUUUAUAUGAGAAUUAUUUUAUUUGAAUUUAACAAAGUUUGUGCAUUUUGACAAUGCGAUGCAUAACUUUAUCACUUGGCUGAUAAGUAGCAGCCCCUUCCCCAGUGUUUGUAAAAUUUUUUGAAAUAUAUUGAAAAAAUAUUUGGUAAAAUCCUACUUACUAUACGGUGCAGCCUUGGCGUGAUUUUGGAAAUUAUCGCCAGCACCAAAAAUGAUCCAAAGAACGUCUAUAUACUAUACACUAUAUACUAUGUGUGUACAUACAUAAUAUAUACUAUAUAUAUUCUUUGAAUGACCUGUUUACUACUCAUCGUACAUGUCCCGUUUUU